CCUAGCCUGAACCUUUUUUUCAAACUUAAUUACCCGGAACGAGUUUGGGAUGCUUCUGCCUUUCUUCCCUACGCUACCGACUCCCUCCUCUUAUAUAUACUUGGCGGGCAUUUCUCCUCCUCAAACAAGAAUACCCCUUUCAUUAGUAUGUCUUUGUUUGUGUUCUGUUCAGUCUAAUUUCAUGGCAUCUACUUCUAGGAACCCCGAACUUGAGAUUACAAACGCUUUUGAAGGAAUCGCACCAUCUGCAUCUACUUCUGGUAGAUCCACAAUGCCAGAGAGAAAGUUGCCAUACGAUGUAUUUAUUAACCAUCGUGGCCCUGAUGUCAAGGACACACUCGCAGCUACUCUCUAUAAAACCCUCACUGACAUGGGAUUGAGGGUUUUUUUGGAUAAAAACGAGCUUCAAUUGGGGGAUUUCUUGCCCAUAGAAAUAGAGGAGGCAAUGCGCAGUGCUUCACUUCAUGUAGCAAUAUUUUCUCAGAAUUAUGCAGAAUCCCCAUGGUGUUUGGCAGAGCUUUCAUUUAUGAUCAAAACAGGCACUAAAAUUGUUCCUGUUUUCUAUCAUGUUGAAACUGAUGUUGUCCGAUAUGCUAAAGAGGUCUAUGCUAAAGCAUUUUCCCGGCAUGAAGAAAAGGGUAGAUACACCUUGGAAAAGCUUCAGGAGUGGAAGGAUGCACUAAACAAUGUUUCAUAUAAUGUUGGCGUCAUCACCCAUAAUGAAGAUGAAGAGGAGAGCCUGUUGAAGAAAAUUGUUGGCUGUGUCUUGAAAGAUAUAAAAAAUGUGCCAUUUGUAGUUGCCAACCAUCCAAUUGGUCUAGAUGAAAUUCUAAUAGACUUUGAAAGGACAACACUUCAAUCUGCAAAUAGCCAUGACAAUGUGCAAGUUGUGGGAAUAUGGGGUAUGGGUGGAUCUGGCAAAACCACUUUUGCCAAACACUUAUAUAAUAAGAAAUACAAAAUGAUGGGAAGGUCUAGUUUUCUAUUAGAUGUUAGAGAUGCUGCUUCUAAAGGUCUAUUGCAUAAUAAACAGAAAAAACUUCUAGAGGACCUUGGUCUCCGUGGAGUAUCAAUUGAGAAUAUAGAAGAAGGAAAGGGGAUUCUUGCUAGCCGUUUGAGAUCUCUUCAGCUGCUCAUUAUUCUAGAUAAUGUGGAUAACUCAGACCAAUUGGAUGCUCUAGUGCCCCAGAAGGAUAAUCUUGGAUGUAAUAGUUUAAUUGUAGUGACCACAAGAGAACUUGAAGUCCUAAGAUGUUGGGGUAUCUCAUCCAUUUAUAAAAUGAAACCAUUGAAUCCAUCUCAUGCCAAGCAGCUCUUCUGUUGGCACGCUUUCUUGCAGCCCUCUCCACUCCAAGAGUUUGAAGAUUUGGUUGAAAGAUUCCUACAUGUUUGCAAUGGAUUACCGUUUUCUCUAAAGAUUUUUGGAGCACAAUUAUAUGAUAUCUCCAACAAAGAGAAUUGGAAGAGUCUAUUGCAUAAGAUCUCUAGAGUACUAAACAAAGACAUCAAAGACAGACUAAAAAUAAGUUAUGAUGUCUUAGAUGAUGAAGAGAAGCAGAUCUUUUUAGAUACAGCAUGUUUCUUCAUUGGAGAGAAGAAAUCUUCAGCCAUUGCAGUUUGGGAUGGAUCAGGGUGGAGUGGCCUGCAUAGUUGGGGAAAGCUUCUGAAUAAGUGUCUUGUUGAACUUGAUGAUGACGAUCGCAUCAAAAUGCACGACCACUUAAGAGAUUUGGGCAGAGAAAUUGCAAAUAAUCAGUCACCCUUCCGUCUCUGGUCUCCUCAGCUGAUAGACCAGUUUAUUAAUAUUGAAAAUGUAGAUCAGAAAAUUGCCAUUCGAGGAAUAAUGGCCACAACAGAUGAAUCCAUCAAGAAGAUUGAGCAGUUUGCUCGAUGUUCUUGUAGCCUAGCACGCGCUUUUCCUGAAUUGAAAAUUCUUCACGUUAGAGGAAAAUUUAAUUAUGAAGUACUUGGUGAUCUAUCAAGAAAUCUGGUAUGGCUUCGUUUGUCCGACAUUGAGCAGAGAAAUCUUCAGUCAUUGAGUCUAUUGGAAAAUUUAAGGGUUUUAGACCUCAACGAAUCAUCGCUGGAGAAAUUACAGCUAAGAGAACUAUGGAUUACUGACAGUUAUGCCCCUUUGCAGUUGAGAGAGUUGGUUAUUUCUGGAUGUCAUAAUUUCCAAAGAUUUCCAAAGUCAAUAGGAUGUCUCAGGCAUUUGAAAAAGAUAGUCAUGGAGCGUAUGAGUUAUAUCACGAAUCUACCAGAAGAAUUUUGUCUUCUUCAAUCGCUGGAGCACCUGAAGUUGAGGUAUUCAAUGGUCUGUUCGCUGCAUAGCAGUUUUGGUGAUUUGAGAAAUCUGGAGCACCUUGAUUUGUCCUGGUCUAAAAAUCUAUUAUCACUACCCAACAGUUUUGGUGAUUUGAGAAAUUUGGGGCACCUUGAUUUGCAAGGGUGUAACAAUCUAUCAUCGCUACCCAGCAGUUUUGUUGAGUUAAAAAAUCUGAGGUACCUUGAUCUGUCCUAUUGCCAUGAAUUGAGGAAGUUGCCAGUUUCUUUUGAAGAGCUCACACUCCUGCAGCACCUUGACUUCUAUCAUUGUGAUAGCCUCACCUUGGAGUUGAACAUUUUGGAGAACAUGAUCAAGCUAGAGUAUUUGGAUCUCCGUUGCUGUCAGCAAUUGGAAGAGUUGCCUCCUCACAUAAAAAAUCAACACUCCCUGAUAGACCUCCGUUUAGAUACAGGUAGUCUAAGGGAGAUACCAGUGAAUAUCAGUCAACUGAGCAAAUUGCAAAAGUUGACUAUCGUUGGGAGGUUCUUGACCAGCCUACCAACAUCUUUGGGAGAUUUGCCUUGCUUGACUUCUCUUGAAAUUCGGAACUGUCACAAGCUGGAAUGUUUACCUGACUCAUUGUGGUGCCUUAAUCUAUUAGAGAAUUUAAUAUUAAGUAAUUCAGGAGUGAAAUCCUUACCAAAAUCAGUUGGGCAACGAAUUAAUCUUCGAAAAUUGUAUAUAAUGUGGUGUCCAAUCGACGAAUUGGAUCUCGGGGCAGGGUUGUUUACUUGUUUGAAGUGGAUAGAGCUAGAUUCAACUGAAGUGUCCAAGAUCUCCAUCUCCACAGAUUGUUGUCCCGACCUCAAGAGUCUGUUAUUUUGUAAGAAUGACAAUUUAAAGAAGAUAGAAGUCCUACCAAAUUCACUCGAGUACAUAGCUUUGAAAGGGAGCCCCAAGUUGAAUGCGCUUCCUAGUUUUGCGCAAUUUUCUUCUCUCCGAGUCCUUGUACUUCAAGAUUGCUAUGGAAUUAUGAAAAUGCAAGGUUUGGAACAUUGCUCAGCGUUGGAGAAGCUGAUAGCACAUACAAAAUGGCAGGAAGCAGGUAUAGAAAGUUUGGAGCGCAUGGAAAGAUUGAAAAAAGUGCAACUCAAAGCAAUCAGCAGAUCAGGUGUUGAAGAUCGCAUUCAAAGGAUGCAGAAAUGGCCAAAAGAAGAAAUUGUAGUAUGCGCGCGGGCAAUCCCUGAUGCAGCCACACGUCUACAGUCCUUUGCCUUCCCCAAUCUCUCUGUCCUUUACUCCUUCGCUAAACGGAAAACGAACUCCGCUCCACCCCUCGAAUGGCCCUCCACUGCUCGCUGCAUUCUGCUAUGUUUUGUUGUAAACAGGGAAUUUUCACAAAUUUCUCAGUUACGCCUCGAGAUAGAAUCUGGACGAUAUGGAUCACAAUAUUUGGAUAUACAUAUAUAUCCUAUGGAGUUGGAGGCGGGCAAAUGGAUAUGGAUGGCUAUCUUGCAACGUUCCUCUCCCAGUAUUAUGGGUAGUGAUAGAGAAUUAUGGGUACGUAUAUACUCAGAAAGUCAAUUCCCAGACGAAGUGGAGAAAGGAGUUCUUGUGACGGGAGAAGAGAACAGGGUCAUAGAGGCUUUCACCCGUUUAUGGGCAUUGCUAUCAUAUUAAUAUUGGGAACUUUAUUCAUAUACUUGUGGACUGGUAUAGAUUCGUGCUAAUUUUUAAAAGUAUUUUG